AUGUGCGACCAUACUGGCGUUCUACCGCGUGAGUUGAGGAAGAUGAUCUGUGAGCAGGUACAGGGCGCAUCGCGAAAACGUCUGUGUCUCGUAAACAGGUUAUGGAGCAUAUCCGCUGGCCAAGUCAUAUGGCACAUUUGUGAGAUUAAGAUAUUCGAAAAAAACUCAACUUGGAAGCGCUGCUCAGCUUCCGACCCGGCGGCUUUCUCGACAGCGUGA